CUAAUAUGAUAAUAAUUUACCUAUUUAUAUGAUACACUCUGUACCUAACAUAACUCUAAAUUCUUUUCGAUAUAAUAAUAACCAUCAGGAUUCAGGAUAAAUCAUCGAAGAAUUUGUUUUAUCAACUGUCAACGAACUACUGCGUGGUGAAGUGAUAUUGUCUAAUCCGAAUUUGUAUUUUAUAUAUUAUGAAGUAUUAUUUUUUUAUCGUGUCGCCAGUAAAUAAUCAUAAAAUUGAUUAUACUUUACAAAAAAGUCCCGCGGUCAUCGUUUUUCAGAUAAUAAAUAACAAUAAAAAAAAAACUACGCACAAGUGUAUACACGAUACAAUCAUUAUCAUACAUGUAUAAAAUAUGUUGUGUUAGAGUGUGCUAUUAAUAAUACGAUAAAUAAUAAUAUAAUAUUGAUCGAUCGAAACAGCGUGUAUGGUGUACGGUCGCAGAUCAAGAGGAGUGUAUAAACAAACGAAGAGUUUGUCGGCGUUAUCGGCGUGUACGCAUGCUGAAAGUUAAGUGAUUACUGAUGAUGAACACCGCUGUAGCAGUUGGGUGGGUGUCAUUCGAUUACGCGUGCCGCUCGCAAACGGAAUUCCACAUGUUAGAAUAUUAUAUUAUAUUUUGACGAAUAGUUUAUAGGAACAACGCGGCAGUUACACGCGUCACUUAUUGCGGUGAAGACGGACGCCGCGAAACGAAUGUGUUACACGUAAUAACUAAUAAUUAUUUUAAUUUUAAAAUCGAACCACGAGAAUGGUCCUMUGACACACAUACGUGACGAUUAAAAUAUUACGAUUGCAGUAGUAUUAUAUUAUUAUAAUUUAUAAUACGUAAUAUCGUGUUCAUAGAAUAUAGACACCUGUUGAUGAGCGCCUAAUCCUUACAUCGGAUUCGCGAGAGCGUCUCUAUCAAAAGGAAUAAAAGAAAGAAAAAACCGCGUCGAUGAUAGGAACACAUGGUAUUUUACGGCAUACAUUGUACAUUUACGKAUUUACGAUAUUAUAAUUAUUAUAAUACUCACGCCGUGAUGGUAAGACACCAUAAAAACAUAACAUGCAUAAAUCGAUCGUGUAAUACUCGCAAUCGCAGUCAGCUUCCGGACUCGCGAUUGUUUAUCGCUACAGAUGUGUCGGCCGGUAUGUGCACACACGCAUCGCCGGACCAGGCGUAUCAGUCGCGUUCGAUAGGUCGUUCAGGUAGCAAUAAUAAUAUAACCGCCACGGGCGCAUCAUGCCACCGCCGCCGCCGCCGUCUUCCGAGUGAUAUAUAAUAUUAUAAUAACGUAAAAUGUAUGCAACARUAUCAUGCGAUGCUWUAUACUUCCGAUACACCGUCCGGCUGAUAGUAUAAUAAUAUAACAAUACCGUGGCAGUUCUGCAUUGACCUACACACACCGGAUUAUUUGAUAUACCGUAUACGGAAAUGGCCAACGAAACGAAGGCGAGCUGCAGAGAUCCGGCGACCGAACACCCGAAAUCCGAACCUGACGAAUCAUCGUACAUGCUCCGAGACAAAAACUCUCCAUUGAACAAAAAAACCAUCUAUUUUUUUUCUCGAAUCUGGUCACGGAUUUUGACCGCAUAUAUUUYUUUCCUAAAACGACAUCUGAAAAAACGUGUCUGCAGGCUUUGCACACGAUAUUAUUGUGAGGACAUCGGACAUUCGGACACACGGUCGCUGUCCUGUCUACUGUGCAAAAUGAUUUCGCACCAAGCGGUAACGUUCUGUGGCGGACUUUUAGCUUCCGCUGGUAUGAUGUUCUGUUCGUUCGCUAACUCCAUAUCGCAUCUGUACAUAAGCUACGGUGUGAUGGUGGGAUUUGGUGCAGGCUUGUGUUACUCUGCUGGAAUACUGAUUGUUAACGAAUAUUUUGACAAGCACCGAGGACUGGCCAACGGGUUUUCGCUUGCAGGCACCGCGGUCGGCGCACUCGCCAUGCCACCGUACCUCGAGUUCUUAACCUUUUCAUACGGCUACAGAGGUGGCAUUCUGAUCGUGUCCGGAAUGAUGUUGAACACAUUGGCGUGCUCGAUAACCUACAAACCCGCGGUUGAUGAUGCGGACGGGGCAGUUCAACAGGACGAGGUGACCUGCACGAGGGUGAUCGCUAUUACGUCGACAACGUCGCCUACGUCGAUCAAUGCGAGAGCAGUCACGACGACCGCUUUCAGGGCGGCCACGGACCUGUACUACGCCGCGGUGGUGUCGUCACCUUCACCAUCGCCGCCGCUAUUGAAAUCCAAAACCACGGCGGCGUCUUCAACGGACGAUGAAGACGAGGACGACGAAGACGACAAACAUCUGAAAAACACCCGUUGGCGGCGGUGGCUGAGAUGGCGACACCCACAGUUCGGUGGCACGCCGGUCGUUGAGUUUUUGGCCGUAUCAGCUGUCYACACGAUCAGCCACUUGGCGUACGCUACUGUCGCGCCCGCACGUGCCGCCGCAUUACAGCUGGCCGCUGCCGAGGCGGCCGGUCGAUUUCUAGCGCCAACAACUUCAGACAUGCUGUCACCCGGCGGCUCGGCGUCGAUUUACCUGUACGCCUCGGUGGUGGCCGUCGGCGGCGCCGUCCUGCUGAUUGGCGCCACCGCUAGUUCGGACGCUGACCCGUUCCAGUGGCCACUGCAGUCAGCAGUGGACGCGCAACGGUCGGCGUUCCUGAUCGUGGCUUACGGGUUGGCAUCUGGCGCGGCCGUCGGGCUCGAACCGUUAAUCGCGGUCCGCGCGCUAGGCCGCGAACAGCUCUCCAAUUCCUGUUCCGUCACGCUUCUCGGCAAAGGCGCCGCCCAGCUGGCCGUCGACCUGUUCCUGCGGCGGCCGUCCCCCGGCCGUGGUGGACACUGGCCGCCCAUCUCACCAUGUAUGUUUUAUGCGCUUGGAUCCGUUUUGGUGGCCACCGCCGSCGCUUGGACAGCCGCGUUCCUUCUCAAGCGUCACUACUCCUCGAAGACCGGAUGCAGCCGGUACGUUAGAACCGCUUGACUACAGCGGCCACCACGUCCGCCAGUGGCGAGACCAUUGUCGUACUCUAUAUUGUACAUGCAUAAUAAGCGAAAUACCGGAAGGGCAUUGCAUACUUUAGGGUCGGUAAUCUAACUAAGUUUUCACAAAAUCAMAAUCAACCAUAAAACCUAUAUGACGUUGAAACCGUCGUCAACAACGAUUUAUAGAAGUUCUUAAAAUUWWAAAAAAAACUUUGGCGGCGAUUAAGUUCAGRGUAGUAAUUUUCGAAACCCGUUUAAGCGUAAAAUUAACAUUUUUGURUAUACAAAUCUUAACAAAAUCGAAGGUUAUCGUGCUGUGGUUUUUUUCCCUAAGUUUCUGUUUCUUUAGCAAUUCGAAAACGCUGCAAUUUCACUCGAAAGACACACGUCGUGAGUCUAAGUUGAGUAGGUAUGAGAGUGUUUUUUCCACGAAUUAUUAACUUAAGACMAACGAUUAUUGAUGCAAGUCUGCAACAUGUUGGUAGGURUAUUAUGUGAAGGUUAUUGAUCACAUGAUUUCAGAUUUKAUAUUCAGAGGUCAAAAUCAUACCAAAAUAGUUAGUUAGGUAHGACUUUUAAGAGGACUUGAGAGUAGUUGAGUGUAGGCAGUUGGCAAUUUAUAUUCCAAUAGUUCAAUGUUUAACAUCWUAGAAAAUUAAGAACGGGAAAAAAUUAUAAUAGGUAUAGAUACAUAAUUAUUAAUUUUUCAUGGAAAUGUAUCAAUGAUUACAAUAUUUCCGUAUUAGUAGGUAAACUAAUGACAAAAAAGUUUCUUAUAGUAAGUACUUGAGACUUGACCACAUUUGAUAGUUUCGUUAACACGGAAUUUACUCUCGAAACAUCUCUAAAAUCCUAAAAAUCUGAACAAAACUAAUAACAGACAUGUACCUGUCCUACCUAGCUACCUACCUAAUAAAAAUAAAUAAAAUAAUACAAUAUACGUAAAAAUCAGAAUGACGACCAUAAUAUUAUCUAGUCAUUAUAACUAUCGUAAAAAUGUAAAUAUCAUUAUUCCUGUUUGCGAUGAAUAGUURGGUACAAAGUAGGUAUAUACAUUUAUAACUGACUUUUCAGAUCCAUUAAAAUAGUCCGAAACAAGAAAAGACGUUUCGAUUUCACGUAGGGUACCUACCUACCUAAUUGACGUAUUAAAAGCUUUCGAAUCCAACGACAAGAGUGCUUGAUGUAAGUAAUAGUAAGUAYCUAUACUCGUUGUGACUCACGGGUCGUAUAGGCGCAAUCUUAUACGUUUUGAGCACUAAGUUUCGAUAAGAAUUUAUUUUUCUUAAGCUGUGCGUGAAUUGACCACGACAUUUUAGAGCGAUUUUUGGACUUAAAUCGUWUUAAAAGUGCGUGGACAUAUUCUGCAGGAUUUCCGUUAUUAGUAAUAACUUAUUACUAUUGCGAUUUUGCUAUCGCUGUAUAUUAAACAAUUAAUGUUUCCAACACUGUAAGAAAUAGGUACAUAUAUCAUUUUUAUUUUUUUAUAAUUUUAUCUAUUACGAAAUUGUUUAUCGAAUUAAGAAUUUUGUAUACAUACUUGUCCUAUGUAUAUAUUAUAUUAGGAUCGCAUGAUUUAUGAAUCAGGAAUGGCCAACAUUCUAAGUUACUUACAUUAAUUUCAAACUUAACAUUAUGUUCAACAAAGGCCAAAAUAAAAAUAAAAAUAUAUAUUUUUAAAUUAUAUCAAACUAAUUAAACUAUGAAUUAAUUAAUUAUAACUAUUAGUUACAAAAAUAAGAGCAAAAUCAUGAAAUCCAUUACAACUGUUGUUGUAUAGUAAAAAGUAUUAUCAAUUAUCAAUAGUAUAAUAGUAUAUAAAACACAAAAUAAAUUGUAGUCCAUCAUUGGCCUUUYCUGGCUUAUACGAUGUAUUAUUUGUAAAAAGUGUAAACAUAAUUAAUGGUGAAAUGUGUUGUACACAUACCAAGUACUGAUUUUUUUCAUUUUUGUAUCUGUGUAAAAAUAAAAGUGUAUUUAAWGCCUUCAA